GGCGCUCGCCCCGCCCCUUAGCUCAGGGGUCGCGUUGGGGUGUCGGCGGUGCCGCGGCCGGAGGGGAGCGGGUUCGGGGGGUACGCCGCCAUCAAGAUGCGUCGCCGGGUGUUCGUGGUGGGCGUUGGCAUGACCAAGUUCACAAAGCCCAGUGAGAGCAUGGAUUAUCCUGACAUGGCUAAGGAGGCAGGCCAAAAGGCUUUAUCUGAUGCUGGGCUUCAUUACUCCGCAGUGCAGCAGGCAUGUGUGGGUUAUGUUUAUGGUGACUCGACCUGUGGACAACGGGCUAUCUAUCACGGUUUGGGUUUGACUGGCAUUCCUAUCAUUAAUGUUAACAACAACUGUGCUACUGGAUCAACUGCUUUGUUCAUGGCCAGACAACUAGUAGAAGGAGGUUUGUCAGACUGUGUUCUGGCCCUCGGCUUUGAGAGGAUGGCAAAAGGAUCCCUUGCCUCAGGUUUUUCAGACAGAACUAAUCCAAUUGACAAACAUUUGGAAAUCAUGAUAAAUAAAUAUGGCUUAGCAAGUGCUCCAGUAGCACCUCAGAUGUUUGGAAAUGCUGGCAAAGAACAUAUGGAGAAAUACGGGACAAAUCCAGAAUACUUUGCAAAAAUUGCAUGGAAGAAUCAUAGCCAUUCAACUAACAACCCGUAUUCCCAGUUCCAACAGGAGUACACAUUAGAUGAAGUUCUGCGUUCUCGCAAGAUUUUUGAUUUCUUGACUGUCUUACAGUGUUGUCCAACAUCAAAUGGUGCUGCAGCUGCAGUUUUGGCUAGUGAAGAGUUUGUGAAAAGACAUAAGUUGCAGCCACAAGCUGUGGAAAUUCUAGCCCAGGUGAUGGCUACUGAUUAUCCAAGCACGUUUGAAGAAAACAGCUGUAUGAAGAUGGUUGGCUAUGAUAUGACUAAAAAGGCUGCUGAAAAAUGCUUUGAAAAAGCAGGCCUAAAACCUACAGAUGUUGAUGUGAUCGAACUUCAUGACUGUUUCUCAGUUAAUGAGUUCAUCACCUACGAAGCUCUGGGACUCUGUCCAGAAGGAAAAGCAUGUGAGCUGAUUGACAGAGGAGAUAAUACUUACGGAGGAAAAUGGGUUAUUAAUCCUAGCGGUGGCUUGAUUUCCAAGGGACAUCCACUUGGUGCUACAGGCCUGGCGCAGUGCGCCGAACUCUGCUGGCAGCUGCGCGGCCUGGCCGGGCGGCGGCAGGUCCCCGGGGCAAAGGUCGCGCUGCAGCACAACCUGGGCCUCGGCGGGGCCGUGGUGGUGACGCUGUACGGCAUGGGCUUCCCGGGACGGCGCAGCUCCGACCGCAUUGCGGCUGUGCCCCUCAGUGCAGCUGUGGAUGGAUUUAAGUCACAUUUGGUCUUCAAAGAGAUUGAAAAGAAGCUCCAAGAGGAAGGAGAGCAAUUUGUCAAGAAAAUUGGUGGAGUCUUUGCCUUCAAAAUAAAAGAUGGUCCUGGUGGCAAAGAAGCAACUUGGAUAGUAGAUGUGAAAAAUGGUAAAGGCUCCGUAGCAGUUAAUGCAGAUAAGAAGGCGGAUUGUACAAUUACAAUGGCUGACACUGAUCUGUUAGCUCUCAUGACUGGCAAAAUGAAUCCUCAGACAGCAUUCUUUCAAGGCAAAUUGAAGAUCUCUGGGAACAUGGGCAUGGCAAUGAAACUUCAGAAUCUACAGCUUCAGCCAGGCAAAGCUAAACUUUGAGCUCCUUAGAGAAAACAGUUGUCAUGAAGGGUACCUGCAGUCCUCCGUUUUUAACUCUUUGGACAUUGCUAGUAGAUAAGCUGACAUCUCAGUCCAGUAUAUACACCUCACAUCCUCACACAUGUGGGCCAUGACUGAGGAACUUGGGCAUAAACUUCCACUUCUCUGGUUUAACUAAAAUCAUAAUAAAAAUGAGCUACUUCAAGUUAAU